AUGCGCAUCAGCCAAGUAUGCCCACUCGCACUGCUCUGCACAGCGCCGUGGACCUUUGCCAGCCCAACAACUUCCAAGCGCAAUCCAGACGCUCCUCGUUGCGUAACAGCCCAGACAGCCAGUCACCAAUGUCUCCUUGACGCCAUCGUCGCCGGCGGCGACGGACUAGCGCUACAAGUCUGGGAGAACGGCAAGGCCCUCAAAUGUAGGACCAAAGACCAUCUCUGGGCCUCUCAGAAGUCCGUCUGGCACUUCACAUGCGACGGUGGUGCCAAAGCCGAGGUCUCAAAUAACGGCGGCCAUCUUGUCUUCACCAGUGGGAACGGCUGGUCGGCGGAUCUCCCGCGCACCAAUGGUGGCGCUGGCCGAAGUGGUCGACAGGAGUACGGUGUGACCGCGAGGCAUCCGUAUUAUGGUUAUGACUUCGAACAUAUCUUUGCGACGGAUGCGCUUAGCAACCCACGGACCAGCUUGGUGGAGGGCGCCUCAUUGAGCUGA